CUCAAAAAUGUUAUCGUCCAGAUUUUUCCAGUUUACCCACACUUUCAACGAACACUUCAGACAAUUUUUCCCACUUUACUCCCGUCACAAUUGAAAACAGCCCACUUUUUCUUACUUUGCUAAAUUUAAAAAAGAAAACUACCCAUGAUUUUACCCACUCAGUCAGAGAAUUUUUUGGACCUGGGCUAUGUGGGUGAAAAUGGGCAGUUUGCUGUACGAAAUUAUCGAAAAAACGAAAAGUCACCCUAAUGCAUCCAGUCUGUCAUCCAGUAUAGAAAUGCAAUUGUUGUCAAAUUUAUGUUAUGCAAUUAAUGCUAAGAAAACUCUGGAUAUCGGAGUUUACACUGGUUACAGUGCAUUAACCAUUGCAGAAGUACUACCUUCCGAUGGACGUGUAGUCGCAUUGGAUAUAACGGAUACUUGUCUACAAGAUUAUUGUAUACCAGCAUGGAAAAAAGCUGGUGUAGAGAAGAAAAUUGAUUUUCGUCUGGGUCCAGCUGUUGAUACACUGUUCAACUUUCAAUCAUUUUUUUCACCCUCUUUAGAAAAACUCAUCGCUAAUGGAGAAAGUGAAACAUUCGAUUUCGCCUUCAUUGAUGCUGACAAAGAAAAUUACAGUAAUUAUUACCAGUUGUGCUUACAGCUGAUUCGACCACGUGGGAUUAUCGCUAUUGACAAUCUACCCCCUGCAAAACAAUCCAAACAGUUCCGAAGAAAUCUGUCUAUAUCAGUUUGCCGUUCAAAGGAGAUGACGUACAGGAAGUAGUGAAACGAAGAAUCGACAAAGCCAUUAAGAGAACUUCUUAUGCUGCAAAACUUGUUAUCCUCAACACCACCAAGCGAGUGCUUCAACAAUCUGGGAAAGACCAGUCGCCAAUCCUCGACACUUCAAACUGCAUAUAUCAAUUUGAGUGUGUUUGUGGCAGCAAGUACAUAGGUCGUACGGAAAGGCGAUUGUCUACUCGCAUGAUGGAGCAUUUGCCAAAAUGGUUGAAAACAGCUGAGUGCAAAGUCCCAAAAUCCUCAAUAACAAAACAUCUCGUGGAUUACGGACAUGAUAUCGACGCCGUCAAGUCAUUCACCAUCGUCAGCAAACAAAGAAACAAGAAGAUGCUUGCAAUUGCAGAGGCUUGUGCAAUUCGAAUUUACAAACCAGCCCUCUGUAUACAAAAGGAGAUGGUCGUCACUCUGAAUCUACCAUGGUAAUACGCUUUACUUAUUAUUCUCUACUUGUUAUUACUAUUAUUCUACCUCUUCUUCUUCUUAUUUUUUUUAUUAUUACUACUAUUAUUAUUAUUAUUAUUCUUGAUUCAUUUAAAUCUAUGCUUUAUCCGUAAGAUUAUCUUAACCCACUUCAACACUAUUAUUAUUAUUGUUAUUAAAACUAUUACUAUUGAUAUUAGUCUGUUUGCAAUUCUCGUUAUAUUCCCUAAUGACUAAUUGUUUAUCUAAGUGAUGUAAUUGAAGCGUAAUGCAAUUUAUCUUAAUUUUGAUCUCUCAUACUCUCUCUCUCCCCUUAUCUAUUUGAACAUGACCUGGAAAAUAUUCGCACCUGUCUCUCUGCAUGAUUAAUUCAAUGUAGUUUGUUUACUUAUCAGUCUUAUAUCUCCCUAUGUAAUUUCAAAAGUAUAUAUAUUCAUGUAUGUAGAGUAUUCAACUUAUCAGUCUUAUAUCUCCCAAUGUAAUUUCGAAAGUAUACAUAUCCGUGUAUGUAGAGUAUUCA